AUGGCUCUUGAAUACGAUCGCAGUUGGAUGUGGCAUCCAGAUGCCUCUGACAAUUCCGCGAAUUCUGCAGGUCAAUUUGUUCAUUUCCGAAAGAAGAUCACCGUGACAGAUGAGCUACCACAAACGUUGAUGGUGAACAUUACUGCUGAUACACGAUAUAAGCUGUAUGUCAACAAACAACAAGUCUCUUUUGGACCAGUCAAGGGUGACGCACACCUAUGGUUUUUCGACCAGAUCAACAUUGCGCCAUUCCUACAUCCCGGGGAGAAUCACGUCAACGUUCGAGUACUACGACUCUAUUUCGCGACAACAUACUCCCCAUCAUUCCCGAGGUUGCCUUUCGGAGGUCUACGAAUCUGGCUGCCCGACGACACCGAAGAUGUCUGGUGGCGAGAACAGUUACAAAGCAGUUCUACGUGGGAAACAGCAAUUGAUCACAACACAGUACUCCGUGUGGACGACCCGGAGGACUUUUUCUUGCAUCUGUACGAGAAGACGGAGAGAUCAGGCACGGAACUGACCUGGGACGCAGCAAUUCUGCACGAAUUCAAGAAUUCCACAGGCAACUCUCCUCCAUGGAACCUCUCCCCUCGCCAAAUACCGCCGUUGAAGCUCACAAAGCUAGUCUUUGCUGGCGUUCACAACGUUCAGAGCAUUUUACCCAAGGAAACAUGGGAGUCCGUGUUUGUUGGAUACAAGACGCCACCCCCAGCACCGAUCACUCUCAGUGCUGGAACACGGCACCGGAUUGAUCUUGAGGUCACCAACCAUACGACUGCAUUUCUCCAGCUAUGUUGCCAAAGGCCACUCAGCGCCGGUAGUGUGUUAACGGUGACUUACUCGGAGAGCUACGAGGAUCCAUCGCCUGAUUCGCCAUGGGUGAGAGCCAAGAAGGAUCGAUGCGAUUAUUCUCGCUCACUGAUCGGGCCCAAAGACAUAUACUUCUUCCAAGGAAAAGACUCCAUCUCUCUGGUUGAAGGGCAGGGAACAGACAUGCGUUGGGAGGUCUUCGCGCCUUUCCAUUUUCGCACCUUUCGCUUUCUGAACCUCGAUUUCGAAGUCGGGCCUGAUGACCUCACAAUCGAGGGCGUGGACCUACAGGGAGUUGCAUACCCCUUGGAUGUGCGCGCCAGUUUCAAAGCGUCGCAGUUCCUGGAUGGACCGAUUUUCCAUCUCCCAGAAAGGUUGCUUGAGGUCAGCACCCGCACGCUCAUAAAUUGCAUGCACGACUGCUACGAGGACUGCCCAUUCUACGAGCAGCUGCAGUACGCAAUGGACACUCGAAGCUCCGCACUGUUCACGUACAACCUCGCUGGCGACGACCGGAUAGCUCGUCAGGCGAUUGUGCAAUUACACAACUCUUUCAAUCCGCAGAUUGGCCUUACUACCAGUCGUGCUCCUUCUCACCGACCCCAGUAUAUACCCAAUUUCUCACUGUAUUGGGUUCUUAUGGUCUGCGAUCACUUCACGUAUUUCGGAGACGUCAAGUUCACUACUCGAUUUCUACCGGUUGUUGACGCCGUUCUGGCGUACUUCGAAUCCCGAGUAGAUGAAAGGGGGCUCGUUACUCUGGAGGUCCGCCCUGGCAUCUGGAACUUUGUUGAUUGGGAGACGGAGUGGAAGCCGCAUGGAAUUCCCCCCUGCACCGAGAAGGCUGGAGUAUCGACCUUUGGAAAUCACCUCUACUCGUACGCUUUAGCCAACGCGAGCCGACUGGUAGGCACGCUGGGGCGACAGGGUAUAGCGCACGAGUAUCAGUCUCGUGCACAGAAGGUCAACACUGCUACACGUGCUCUGUGUAUGAGUGAUGGCAUGUUCUGUGACACAGUUGCAAGCAAGUCCAGCUCAUCUGAUCGUAGCAUUCACUGCCAGAUAUUGGGGGUUUUGAGCCGGGCUGUUUCGGGAGAGAACGCCAGUCAGCUGUUGAGGAGGUGCCUUGCGGAGGAUGCCGGCCUGGUUCGACCCUCAGUCUCGAUGUCCUUUUACACCAUGCGAGCGCUGAGUGCCUUGAGCGGCGACCUUUACAACGAACACUUUCAUCAAUUCUGGGCACCAUGGAAACGGCAGCUCGAACAGAACCUCACGACUUGGGCUGAAGAUGAUGUGUCUCAGAGGUCCGAUUGCCAUGCCUGGGGAAGUGUGCCAGUAUACGAGUUCUUCUCCGAGGUCGUCGGGUUGAAGCCGAAGGCACCGAUGUGGGCCGAGAUCGACUUUUGCCCGAGGAUUGGGUUGUAUCCUUGCGUUCGGGCAAAGAUUCCUUUGUGCUUGACGAAGGAUGGUCUACAGGGCCUGGCUUGCGUUUCAUGGACCACGCAGUUGUCGGGGGAUAUUGAGAUCCGCUUCAAGAUUGACCUUAACACGGCGCAGGAGUUCAUUUUACACGCUUCACUGCCAGGGCAAUAUCACACACUUCGUGUCAGGAAUCAGGAGAAUGUCUUCGUUGUAAGGGCAGAUAGUUUCAAGAGACAUUACGAUGAGAAUACAUGGGAGGGCUGA